AUGGUCAAUUGGACCAACGCUCGAGAUAUAAUAGCUUUUUGGCUACUAGGGUUGUGUAACAAUUACGGGUAUGUCAUUAUGUUAUCAGCUGCGGAAGAUAUUCUAGAUAAUCAAAAAGGGACCGGCUCGACGAAUACCAGUAACACCUGUGAGACCGGUUUAACGAGUAGACACUGUAACUCUGUUUCUGCUGGAGCUGUCCUUCUAGCUGAUAACCUCCCAGCGUUGGUCGUGCAAACCACGUUUCCAUUUUUUAUGCAUCGAUUUCCAUUUGGAUUCCGAGCAGUUAUAGUUUUCGUCCUACAAGCAGCUUCAUAUUUCAUAGUUGCAUAUUCUGGAAGCAUUGCAAUGUCCCUAGCAGGAGUAUGUAUGGCAUCGUUGGGUCAGGGAAUCGGAGAAAUUACGUUCUUGGCGAUGGCAGCGCAUUAUGUACCAGGAACAAUUGCAUCCUGGUCCUCAGGAACUGGGGGUGCUGGUUUAAUCGGAUCCUUCUCCUACGCAUUCAUCACUCAAGCCGGACUUUCUCCUUCUAACACUCUUCUUGCCCAACUUUUCAUUCCGGUCCUCUUUGCAGGUGCUUACUUUUUCUUAUUGACUAUUCCGCCAACUGUAUAUUCUCCCACAUUCAAUCCAAAGACAUGGAUAAUCCCCGACAAUUAUGAUAGAGAUGUAUUUGAAGCCGCUGAAGCACGAGGAGAUGUAUUGAACACUAAAAAAGUUCCGCAAAGAGAACUUGGAGUAAUGGAAAGAUUGAAAUUGAUAGUACCUCUUCUAUACCUAAUGAUUCCACUGGCAACCGUGUAUUGUGCUGAGUACAUGAUAAAUCAGGGACUUACUGAACUAAUUAUAUUUAACUGUUCUCAAGGUCUCAAUCUUCCACUUUCCAGUCAAUAUCGCUGGUAUCAGGUGCUUUAUCAACUCGGAGUAUUCAUUUCCCGAUCUUCUGUGAAGUUCUUCGAAAUGCCUUUAUGGUUGAUUUGGUGUCUUCCGAUUCUUCAAUGUGCAAAUAUGGUAUUCUUCUUUUUUGAAGCUGUUUAUUGGUUCACUCCUACAAUUAUUAUCAUUUUUGCAUUGAUUGUUUUCGAGGGAUUGUUAGGAGGAUCUGCCUAUGUGAACACUUACAAUAAAAUUCACAAAAAAGUCAGUCCGGAUGUCCGUGAAUAUUCGCUAUCAGCUGCUUCAAUGGGCAACUCCCUAGGAACUAAUAUUGCCGCAUUCUUGUCGAUUCCACUCUACAAUUGGGUAUGCGGUAUGAAACCACCACAUCGAUGA